AGACAAGUCGUCUGCUGUGUAAAAAAGUAAAAUAAAAAAAUGGACAGGAGUCUCCAGCAAGUCAAAACAAUUCUAAAUUUAGCUAAAUUAACCGAGUCUGACAUAAAAAAAGAAAGUCAUGUGUUGCAUUUUGUUCCUCAGAUUUUGAAUUCAAAGCAAGUGAAACUAUUAGAAGUCAGUAAGGACACUUUGGAAUACAUCAACAGUGGUGAAUGUCUUUUUGUAAAAGGUAAUGAAGAUGGCCAUGUUAUCGUAUGCAGCAAUUCGAAUACAUUUGAACUAAAAGAAGCAGAAACAUCGAAUAGUAUGCUUCUGAUGCCAUCCCUUUCACAGGGAAAACUUAUAGAAGAAACAGAAUCCAGAGCUCUGAUGAAACAAGAGGUUUUUGGUAUCUACCACACAUAUUAUGAGAUGAGGCUCACCAAACCAAAAAUGCAAGCACUGAGAAAUGCACUGGCCAGAUAUCCUUAUAAAGGGAAAAAUUCUGAAGUAAUAAAAGAAGCUGUUGGUUUAUCAUUUACUGAACUUAAAACAAUGAUUCAAGCAAGUGAAGAGGAAAUAAUAAAUCAACUUCAAGAGAUGCCAGUUGCAAAAGUGAGAGGCAAAUGGCGAUUACUUGAUGUUGGUUUUUUGUUUGGCUGGGUUUCAUAUCUAGAUUCCAUCUUAAGAGAAAAACAAUUAAGCCUUGAAGAGGUUACACAACCUAUGGUUGAAAACUGGAUGGGGAUGUAUGAUACUGAAGAUGUCAAUGCAAAAUGUAUUUCACUUUUCAUGGAAGUGGAUAAAAGCAGUUUGAGAUGGAAAUCAGAUGCCGUCUCUCAAUUAUUUGCCCUAUACCUCUUGCCUGAAUUAAGAGCAUUUGACAGCAACGACUUCUUCACCGCUUGGCAACAGUCUAUGCCCGUGGGGGUGAUGACCAACGAAGAAUACCUAAACGGUGUGGCUCUUGUCGACUAUGACUCUACUCCGUCAUUAGUUAAAUAUUUGCCUGAGUUCGAGUUACCAGAGGAGAUUAACGAAAGGCUGGACAUUCUGUUUCGCAACAGAGCGAAAUGGACGUUACAAUCCAUCACACCUUAUGUUCAGCCACUAACUGACAACAAUUUGAAUGUUGCAGCUUUGCUAACCAAGUAUGCGAGAUCCUCAACCAUAAAUGGAGUCAAGUACUACAGCUCAAAAUACUAAGAUAAGCAGAAACACAAGGAACCAAGAGAGAACUCAUUUUUCUUUAUUAAUUCACC